AUGCAACAAGGUGCGCAGUCUGCGGCGGUGCACACGUGUCAGUUUAAGGACUGGGACGGCCAUACGGGCUUCAACGACACUGCGCUCAUUGAGCUCUACAAGAAGAGCUUGAAGCCUUUCAUCUACGACAAGGUCAACGGCCAGGGGAAGCAUCGCUCAGACACGCUACAGGGCUGGUAUAAGGACACUGUGCUAUUCGACAGGCAGUGGCACAAAGAUCAUCCAGACCAGCCCUCGUUGCAGUCAACCACAGGCAACUCGUCCUUGCGCAACCAGUCCACCGGCGUGAACAACAACACUGGCCGGUCCACAGGUGCCUGGCAGCAACAGUAG